AGGAUUUUUUUCAAGUGUCAUUUAGUGCCGACCAUUCAGCAGGCAUGUCCGAAAUUUGCUUGGCUCUAGCGCUACUACUGUCACUUGCUUCUAAUGUGAGACAUGCGACUCAGUUGCAGUUGCGUUUCAGGCAUCAGUAUCUCCCUUCGCAUUGGCAACAGCACAUAGGGCCGCUUCCGUUAAUGUCCGGUUGGUCUCCGGCGACGUACGACCUGCGGGGGCUGUGGACGCAAGAUGACGGAAGCGCUUUUCGCUCUCUCGAGAAGAAAGAGCACGAAAACCUGAACAAAAUCGAAGAAAAGGACGACGCGAUAUCCACUCGUGCAUUUGUACCCAUCACGAAUCCUUCACGGUACCGAAAGCAUCCUCCUAGUCCAUACCAAACCUAUGGAGGUUCUCUGUACCAAGCGCCUAAUCCAUACGGAAACGGCUACGUCUCGACGUCUUCUUCGAGCAGCGGCAAGAUGCUAAAAACCACGACGACGUACACGACCUCCAUCACUUUAGUCAAAACGAUCCGGGCAAGGCGCGUGGUGGAGGUGAUUGAUCUGCAAACUAACGAGAAAAACGUGUUCGAGAUUUGGGAUAGCUCCUCCACGGAGCAGGUUGAGGAAUCGACGAUUUCGGAUCGGUGCAGUCCAAACCCCCAACCGGGGGUAAAGGAGAAGGUGACCGUGGUAAAAGUUGUGAAAAUCACCACUACCGAAACACGAACAGUGUCCUCAUCCGAGCCACUGCCAGUCGACAAGACUCCACUCUGUCCAACGGUCAAAAGAUCUUCAUUGGCCAAUACCACAGUUGUCCUAACCAACGCCACGAAGGCAACAUUGGAAACCGCUGCCCCCGGUUCGGGUCACACGAAGUCUUUCACAUCCGCCGAUCAUCUGAUCGCGAACGCCGUCAUGAACCUGGCCCCCACCUACAAACGAAUCACAACUAGGGGCACCGACGUCUUGGCCACUACAGGUCUUCAAGAUUCCCCAAGUCCAGUCGAGGAAACGUUAGGCACCUGCACGUUUAUAAGGGCCGGUCAGUCGCCUAGAUUGGUCGAGACCAACGUCAACAGUAGGAUCACGGUUACACCUUUGGAUUUCGUACCGUACAUGUUCCCGUUCGGUCAGCCCCCAGUUCGUUUCCUGCCGUAGGCGUUUCCGCCAUUUUGUUUUUUUUUAAUUUAAGGACAGAAAAUAUAAACGGCACUAGAUUGUGUUCGGUUCAAAGGG